CUGCGGGGUCCUUCGGGGCAGCAGGCGCAGGCAGCGGCGCGGCGUGGGCCGGAAGCGCGGGCUCCGUUGGGCUCCUCGGAGGCUUUGGCUGAGCCGGAGGGAGCAUCAUGGAUACUGACUUGUAUGAUGAGUUUGGGAAUUAUAUUGGACCAGAGCUAGAUUCUGAUGAAGAUGAUGAUGAAUUGGGCAGAGAGACCAAAGAUCUUGAUGAGAUGGAUGACGAUGAUGAUGACGAUGAUGUAGGCGACCACGAUGAAGACCACCCUGGGAUGGAGGUGGUGCUGCAUGAAGACAAGAAGUACUACCCCACCGCUGAAGAGGUGUACGGUCCUGAGGUGGAGACCAUCGUUCAGGAGGAAGACACCCAGCCCCUCACAGAACCUAUUAUUAAGCCAGUGAAAACCAAGAAAUUCACUCUGAUGGAGCAGACGUUACCUGUCACGGUGUAUGAAAUGGAUUUCUUGGCAGAUCUGAUGGAUAACUCAGAACUCAUCAGAAAUGUGACCCUUUGUGGCCAUCUCCAUCAUGGCAAGACGUGUUUUGUAGAUUGUUUAAUAGAGCAGACUCACCCGGAAAUCAGAAAGCGCUAUGACCAAGAUCUAUGCUACACUGACAUCCUCUUCACAGAGCAAGAGAGAGGUGUUGGCAUCAAAAGCACUCCUGUGACAGUGGUUUUGCCAGAUACUAAAGGGAAAUCUUACCUCUUCAAUAUCAUGGACACUCCAGGGCAUGUGAAUUUUUCUGAUGAGGUCACGGCUGGCCUGCGCAUCUCAGAUGGAGUGGUGCUUUUCAUCGAUGCUGCCGAGGGCGUGAUGCUGAACACGGAGCGGCUGAUCAAGCACGCGGUGCAGGAGCGGCUGGCGGUCACCGUGUGCAUCAACAAGAUCGACCGGCUCAUCCUGGAGCUGAAGCUGCCGCCCACGGACGCGUACUACAAGCUGCGCCACAUUGUGGAUGAGGUCAAUGGGUUGAUAAGCAUGUAUUCCACCGAUGAGAACCUGAUCCUGUCCCCACUCCUGGGCAACGUCUGCUUCUCCAGCUCCCAGUACAGCAUCUGUUUCACGCUGGGCUCCUUUGCCAAGAUCUAUGCUGACACGUUCGACCCUUUCUUUAGGCUCAGUGGUUUCCAAACACUAGAACAAGAAAGACAAGAACCUAGUGCAGUUACCCUUCAGGUUGCCCAUUGGCCUUCCCUUCUCCUCCUCCAUAGCCCCACAGUGGGGCUACCGCUACUGCUGAUGUGUCUGGUAUCGUCACAGGUUGUGGGGGAUGUGGACACCAGCCUCCCGAGGACCCUGGACGAGCUUGGCAUCCACCUGACCAAGGAGGAGCUAAAGCUGAACAUCCGCCCCCUGCUCAGGCUGGUCUGCAAAAAGUUCUUUGGCGAAUUCACAGGCUUUGUGGACAUGUGUGUGCAGCAUAUCCCUUCUCCAAAGGUGGGCGCCAAGCCCAAGAUCGAGCACACUUACACCGGCGGCGUGGACUCCGACCUCGGCGAGGCCAUGAGCGACUGUGACCCUGAUGGUCCCUUGAUGUGCCACACCACCAAGAUGUACAGCACAGAUGAUGGAGUUCAGUUUCAUGCCUUUGGCCGGGUGCUAAGUGGUACCAUCCAUGCUGGGCAGCCUGUGAAGGUGCUGGGGGAGAACUACACUCUGGAGGACGAGGAAGACUCCCAGAUAUGCACCGUAGGCCGCCUUUGGAUCUCUGUGGCCAGGUACCACAUUGAGGUGAAUCGCGUUCCUGCUGGCAACUGGGUUCUGAUUGAAGGUGUCGAUCAACCAAUUGUGAAGACGGCAACCAUAACUGAACCCCGAGGCAAUGAGGAGGCUCAGAUUUUCCGGCCCUUGAAGUUCAACACCACAUCUGUUAUCAAAAUUGCUGUGGAGCCAGUCAACCCCUCGGAGCUGCCCAAGAUGCUGGACGGUCUGCGCAAGGUCAACAAGAGCUAUCCGUCCCUCACCACCAAGGUGGAAGAGUCUGGCGAGCACGUGAUUCUGGGGACUGGGGAGCUCUACCUGGACUGUGUGAUGCAUGAUUUGCGGAAGAUGUACUCCGAGAUAGACAUCAAGGUGGCUGACCCUGUUGUUACCUUUUGUGAGACUGUGGUAGAAACAUCCUCUCUCAAGUGCUUUGCUGAAACACCCAAUAAGAAGAACAAGAUCACCAUGAUUGCUGAGCCUCUUGAAAAGGGCCUCGCUGAAGACAUCGAGAAUGAGGUGGUCCAGAUCACGUGGAACAGGAAGAAGCUGGGAGAGUUCUUCCAAACCAAGUACGAUUGGGAUCUGCUGGCUGCCCGUUCCAUCUGGGCUUUUGGCCCUGAUGCCACCGGCCCCAACAUCCUGGUGGAUGAUACCCUGCCCUCUGAGGUGGACAAGGCUCUUCUUGGCUCAGUGAAGGACAGCAUUGUUCAAGGUUUCCAGUGGGGAACCAGGGAGGGACCCCUCUGUGAUGAGUUGAUUCGAAAUGUCAAGUUUAAGAUCCUAGAUGCAGUGGUUGCCCAGGAGCCCCUGCACCGGGGCGGGGGCCAAAUCAUCCCCACGGCCAGGAGAGUCGUCUAUUCUGCCUUCCUCAUGGCCACCCCUCGCCUGAUGGAGCCUUACUACUUCGUAGAGGUCCAGGCCCCUGCAGAUUGUGUCUCCGCUGUUUAUACUGUCCUGGCCAGACGCAGGGGGCACGUGACGCAGGAUGCGCCCAUUCCAGGGUCCCCCCUCUACACCAUCAAAGCUUUCAUCCCGGCUAUCGACUCCUUUGGCUUUGAGACUGACCUGCGGACCCACACCCAGGGCCAGGCCUUUUCCUUGUCUGUCUUCCACCAUUGGCAGAUUGUUCCUGGGGAUCCUCUGGAUAAGAGCAUUGUCAUCCGCCCCUUGGAGCCUCAGCCAGCUCCUCACCUGGCCCGGGAAUUCAUGAUCAAAACCCGUCGUAGAAAGGGCCUGAGUGAAGACGUGAGCAUCAGCAAGUUCUUCGAUGAUCCUAUGUUGCUGGAGCUCGCCAAGCAGGAUGUGGUACUCAAUUACCCCAUGUGAUGCCAGGGCGCCUAGCAGCUCCUGCUCCCUGCAGUGGGCUGCACCCUGGACUGGAAGCUGGGACCUCCUGUGACUUGGACUCCAUGUUGUCAGAGUGUCUGAGAGCUGCUGUGCCGUCUUGAACAACCCAAGAGCCUCUAACCCAGAGCCCAGGGAGGGAGGCCCAUUCGGCCUCCUGGUUCCUUCUGUGGCCUGUGCCUGGCUCUCUUCCCAGGGAACAGAGAGGAGUCUGGCUCAGGGAAGGAGGAGGGGAUGAAAGUGUUUAACCCCAGGAGGCCCUGUCCUCAGAAUUUACAUGGAAUUUUUUUUUACAAGUCUGACCUUAGACAUGGUUUAUAAGUGAAUAGAAUAUUCUGACCUCU